AAACCACCAUUUUCGUAUGCUACGUUAAUAGCAUAUGCUAUUCUGUCUAGUAAAGACGGUCGACUAACCCUGAAUGGCAUUUAUACAUGGAUUUCGCAUCAAUACCCCUUUUACUCCAUGCGUCAAGGAGGAUGGCAGAACUCAAUUCGGCAUAAUCUUUCGUUAAACAAGAAAUGGUUCUUCAAGAUUGAUAGAAGACCAACUCAGACAAACCCAGGCAAAGGCUGCUACUGGACUUUGAUCCCUGGUGCUGAGAGUGUUUUCAUAAACAAAUUAACAUACGAGAAAAGUCAUUAUCGAAAACAUCAUGAUAUUGAACUAACUGCGGAACUAUUCAAGGAU